AUGAGUGCUGAUAGUUUGGAAGAAAAACAAAAAUGUCUUUCAAAAGUUAAUUGCACUUGUCAGACAUUUCCAGAAGAAUUUAGAUUGGAAACUUUUGCAACAUUCAGUCUCAUGUUCAAGUGUAAUUAUUUGGUCAGCAAUCAAAAAUUGAAGAAAUUGAAAAAAGUAUCGAUCGCUUUAAGCAAUUUUUAA